AUGACUUCACAUCGAUAUGAACCCGUAAGUCCCCAAGGCAACAAACACUACGUAAAUACUCGCAGCGAAGACGAUGCUGUAUCCUCGCAAGCCAUACAGCAGCAGCCUAUCCCGUCAUCCCCUCCACCCUCCUUUUAUUCGCGGACGCCAUCCCCAUCAUCUCGCCGCCUGCUAUCCCAGGACCCUCUACACUCAGAUGCAGAUCGAACACUGGCCGAUGCCUUUGGCGAUGAUGACGGACACAGUGACGACGAAGAAGGGGCAGACGACAGACAGCGGCUGAUGAGGGGGAGCCCUGCCAAUACUACGCCAGACUUCGACCCGUCAGAAGCGCCGGCAGGGAGUAAUAGCAAUAAUAGCGCUCAGCCAGCAGGACGAGCGAAUGCAUCAGCGUCUCGAGUAAUUCGAGGAGCCAACGAUGGAGUGUUUGCGAAUUUAUCGGCUAAGCCAGAGCGCGGAGGCGAGAAACUUGACGAUUUACCACCGGAAGAGGCCAUGGAUACAUAUGAACAAGCAGCGGCAGAUGCUGCUCCUCCGUACUGGGAGACCACCAUCGUGGCUCCCGGCAUGUCUUCGGAUGAGGUUUACGUUGAGGGUCUCCCCGUCGGCUCCGUCUUCUCGUUUGCCUGGAACGGCAUGAUCUCACCUCCCAAGAACGGAAGCAGAGCUGGCCUCGGUCUUACCAUGGUGCAGUACGGCUUCUACAUGAGAAACUCGGACGGAUAUGGCUCUCCUGACUCGGACUCCGGAGACGACGGGUACGUCAACCCACCUGAUCCGAACAGCCACAACUUUAACCCGGGUACCGUCGACGGCUCAGCUGGAACCGGUGGCUCGUCGUUCCAUGGCCUCACCACCAGCGACUGGCUCUCUUACGUCCUCAUGGUUGUUGGCUGGUUCAUCCUUAUCCGUGCUAUCAGCGACUACCUCAGGGCACGACGACACGAGCAGUUGAUCCUUCAGAGCCCCAACCGUGGCCUCCCCGUCCCUAUCAUUUCCGAGAACGAACGGUCAGAGACUGCCGUAUAA